ACCUGUGAUGAGGUUGGUUCUGUCCCGUCUUAGAGACGAAGCUUUUCCCCAUAUUUGUUUAUCAAACUCUUAUAUAUUUCAUUUUGCUGUGAAGCAGAAAGAUUUAAGAUUGAUGUGGAUCUGAACUCACCAUCAUGGAUCAGAGGGAGAAGCUGGAAGAAGGAGAAACUCUGACAAAAACUGAGAAUCAGAGGAAAACCAGGAGAAAACAGAAUGAAGAUGAACUGGAUCUAGAGCUCUGUGAGAAUAGCUCCAUGGAUAUUCUUAUUCGUUUUAAAUCAAACAACCCUCCAAAGAGCCCUCAGCACUCAUAUUCCAGCUCUUCAUCUGGACAACUGUCAGAAACAGACCAACCUCCAUCUCCACAUGAAGUGAAGAUCUCAGAGCUCCCUAGUGGUCAGAAUGCCCAACAUCAAACAUCCAUAUUUAUGGAGCUUAAACAGAACAUUUCCAUUUUUGUGGAAAAUGAGCUGAAGAAGAUCCAAAUGGUUCUGGAUUCAGAUUACCCAGAUGUUCUAGAGGGGAAUGAGGAUGAAGAUGAUUUAGAGGGAUCACUCACCACAUGCCAACAAACACUGAAGUCUAGAAUGAAGACGAGGUUAACAAAGGUGCCUGAAGGGAUUGGUAAACCAAAAACUCACAAUGUUCUGAAUAGAAUCUACACAGAGCUAUACAUCACACAGAAAGACGCUGGAAAGGUCAAUGUUGAACAUGAGGUCAGACAGAUUGAAUCAGUGUCCUGGAAACCAGACCAACCAGAAACAAUUAGACAUGAAGACAUAUUUAAACCCUUUCAUGAAGGAGAUGAACCAAUUAGAAAAGUGAUGACAAAGGGAGUGGCUGGCAUUGGGAAAACAGUGCUGACACAGAAGUUCACUCUGGACUGGGCUGAAGACAAAGCAAACCCAAAGAUCCAGUUCAUGUUUCCAUUCAUGUUCAGAGAGCUGAAUCUGUUAAAAGACCAGCAGUUCAGCUUAGUGGAGCUUGUUCACCACUUUUUUAGUGACACCAAAAGAAUCUCUAGGUUUGAAGAUUUAGAAGUUGUGUUCAUCUUUGAUGGGUUGGAUGAAUGUCGACUUCCACUGGACUUCAAGAAAAAUGAGAUCCUGACAGAUGUAACAAAGUUCACUUCAGUGGAUGUUAUUCUGACAAACCUCAUCAGAGGGAACCUGCUUCCCAAAGCUCUCCUCUGGAUAACCACAAGACCUGCAGCAGCCAAUCGGAUCCCUCCUGAGUUUAUUGGCAAGAUGACGGAGAUCAGAGGAUUCACUGACCUAAAGAAAGAUGAAUACUUCACCAAAAAAUUUAAAUCUAAGAUGCAGGCCAGAAUAGUAAUCUCCCAUGUAAAGAAAUCCAGAAGCCUCCACAUCAUGUGCCACAUCCCAAUCUUCUGCUGGAUCACUGCUACAGUUGUGGAAGACAUGUUGAACAAGAAAGAUGAAGAAGAGCUGCCAGAGACCCUGACUGAGAUGUACAUCCACUUCCUGGUGGUGCAGACCAAACUGAAGGUCAUCAAGUAUGAUGGAGGAGCUGAGACAAAUUCAAUCUGGAGUCCAGAGAACCAGAAGAUGCUCGAGUCUCUGGGAAAACUGGCUUUUGAACAGUUGAUGAAAAGAAACAUGAUCUUCUAUGAAUCAGACCUGACAGAGUGUGGCAUCGAUAUCAGAACAGCUUCAACAUGCUCAGGAGUUUUCACACAGAUCUUCAGAGAAGAGAGAGGUCUGUAUCAGAACAAAGUUUUCUGCUUCGUCCACCUGAGUGUUCAGGAGUUUCUGGCUACUCUUCAUGUUCAUCUGACCUUCAUCAAAUCUGGAGUCAAUCUGAUGGCAAAAGGUGAAAUGAAAUCCAAGGAAUUGGAAAAAAGACACCAGGAAUCCUCAGAGACAGAAAUGUACAAGAGUGCUGUGGACAUGGCCCUAGAGAGUCCAGAUGGGCACCUGGACUUGUUCCUCCGCUUCCUACUUGGUCUUUCACUGCAGACCAAUAAGCGUCACUUCAGAGGCUUUGUGGCACAGACAGAAGAUAGUUUAGCGGUUAAUAAAGACACAGCCCAGUACAUCAAGGAGAAGAUGAAUAAUGAUCUUUGUGUUGAGAAAAGCAUCAAUCUGUUCCACUGUCUAAGUGAACUAAAUGAUCAAUCUCUGAUGGAGGAAAUCCAACAAUCUCUACGAACAGGAAGUCUUUCAACACACCAGUUGUCUCCUGCUCAGUGGUCAGCUCUGCACUUCAUCCUCCUUUCAUCUGAGAAAAUCCUUGAGAUGUUUGACCUGAAGAAAUACUCUGCUUCAGAGGAAGCUCUUCACAGACUGUUGCCAAUAGUCAAAGCCUCCAGCAAAGCUAUACUCAGUGGAUGUAACCUGUCAGUGACUCUGUCCUCAGUUCUCUCCUCUCAAGAUUCUCGCCUGAAGGAUCUGGACCUGAGUAACAACAACCUGGGCGACUCAGGAGUGAAGCUGCUCUGUGACGGACUGAAGAGUCCAAACUGUAAACUCGAAGUUCUGAGGCUUUCAGGAUGUCUGAUCACAGAGGAAGGUUUUGCUGCUCUGGCCUCUGCUCUGAUGUUGAAUCCCAAACACCUGAAGGAGUUGGACCUGAGUUACAAUCAUCCAGGAGAGAGAGGAGCUCAGCCUCUGUUUGCCGGACGGGAUCAUGCAGACUGGAAGCUGGAGACUCUGAAGGUGGAACCUGCUGGAGUCCAGUGGUUAACAGCAGGUCUGAGGAAGUAUUCCUGUCCUCUCAAAGUCGACAUGAACACUGUAAACAGAUUCCUCAGACUAUCUGAAGGCAACAGGAAGGUGAUGCUUGUGGAAGAGGAGCAGCCAUAUCCUGAUCAUCCAGACAGAUUUGAUUUGUUUCAGCUGCUGUGUGCUAAACCUCUGACUGGUCGUUGUUACUGGGAGGUGGAGUGGACUGGGAGGGUCUAUGUAUCAGUGAGUUACAGGGGAAUCCAAAGAGAAGGACAGACUGAUGACAGCUGGUUUGGAUUUAAUAAUAACUCUUGGAGUCUGAUCUGCUCAGAUGAGGGUUAUGCUGUUUGGCAUGAUUGUAAAAAGAUUUUUAAGUGUUCACCCUCUUCCUCCUCCAAAGUGGCUGUGUAUGUGGACUGUCCUGCUGGGACUCUGUCCUUCUACAGAGUCUCUUCAGAUGCACUGAUCCACAUCUACACCUUCAACACCAAAUUCACUGAACCUCUUUAUCCUGGAUUUGGGUUCAGGAGUCGUUCAGGAGUCUGUUGGUGCUCAUUUUAAAGUCAUUCUAAGUCAGAGGGAGAAAACCUACUUUACACUGACAUUAUCUGGUGCCUGUCUAUGAAGUUGGAAAAAGAUUCUUAAGUUGCACUUUAAAGUAAAUUGUAAGCCAAUGUUGUUCCAUAAAGAUUGGAGUUUCAUUUGAAAAUGAAGAAUUUUAUCAAAAGCCAGGAAGCAGCAUUUUAAAUAACCGUCCUAAAGAGGUUUUGCUAAGAUCCUCAGAGAGCAUUCAAUAGUUAAGGAAAAACAUGAAUAUUUAUUUCCAUUUCAAUUUGUGAGACAAUAGAAAUUAGUUCAGCAGAUGCAUCCAAAGUAAAACCAGAAUGAAAGUUUUGCCAAUGUUCUUUCCAGACCUCUGGAUUCUUCAAGUGUUUUCUUAAUCCUUGACAUGUUUUUUCUUUAUGUACACUUUUAUUUAUCUAUUCAUGUGAAAACUGGUUAAGAAGUAGUUUUUCUCAGCUGCUGUUGUCUUGUGAAGGCAAUAUAAUGUCUACAUGCAUUAUUUACAUUUGUUUGAAUCGCACCAUAUUCUAAUGUUACUGUAAUAAAACUCUUUCCUGUGAUUAAACUAACAAGUUGGUGACAUGAAGGGAGUAAAAGUACUUGACUAUAUUUUUCAGUACUGAUAUGUUAUUAUAAACGGAACAUAAAUUAUGUAAAACUGUGUGAAAUUUAGCUUUUUAAGGCAUUUUAUUAAUAUCUGUAUUGCAUUAUUUAUCUACACUAUGUUACAGUUUGUAUGGUGCUGGUUUGGGUCUCCCAGUUUUAAAAUCACUUUUUAAGCUUUAAUCAAGAAAAAACCCAUUUUACUUACUUUGGUAAGAGUUCAUAAAGAGUGUUCACUUUAUGAACACUUGAAGGAGAUUUUAUGUUUACAGAUGUUUAAAUAAGGGAUUCUA